ACAGAACAGGGUUCGGUUGUCAACUGUCUGAUUGGACCAUAACAAACCAAUCCACCCACUUAUUUGUGCUUCUGAGAGUCAAGAAGGAGGUCGAAGUUUACCGAGUCUGCGCCUGGCUGGUAUCAACAAGACACGAGGCCGAAGACACGUUAAAAUAAAUCGAACCACCGGGAUUUGCAGGCGAUAGUUAAUGAACGGUUCUUGCGGAGAUUCGGUGCGAUUGCACGGUGGUUACAUGUGUGUCGUAGCUAGUUUAUGUUGAUAGAAGCAAGUGGAGACAGUUAGCCAACCAUCAGAGCCUAGCGGGGAAGUAUCCCCAGACAAGUAGCGGGCUGAAGGCAAGGGUUUCUUCGAUUAAACAAAAUCGUUUGACAAAGGAGCAGUAGGACAUCUUCUAGCCAGUCGCUUACCGUGUUCACAACACCGAUAUCUUGCUAUAUGCUCCUUUGUGCGUUCACCUACUACAGCCCGGUUUGGUGCAGCAACGCCUGUAUGAGUGCCUGAGUAGCCACGCACUAUGGCUGGCUGAUAUUACAUUGGAUCUCGCUCACAGCCGUGCAUCUACUGUCACAUUAUGUCGCUUUAACGGCAACAUACUAAACUGCGGAGCUCAUUUAGUUGUCAACUCGGAAGCAGAGGUUCUUAGCCAGAUAUCUAACUAAACAGCUGACCAGUCGGUCGAGUGGAGCAACAUUUCCUCGCCUUGCUGUGUCAUGACAUUUAAUUAAAGUGCAAGUCAAGUCAUUUCAAAGAGUACGCAAGAUAGGAACAUUUGGCAUAAGUAGAUAGGUGGGGACAGGAAUCCCACAUUUAACGUUGGCUACUGUCGACCGUAAGUUGAACCAAAGGACUGUAUUUGUAGGUCGGUCUCGACAGCACAGAAUGAAGAAGUUCUCCCGUAUGUCGGAGAGCGGCGGUCCGGGAGGGGGGUCCGGGUCGGGCUCUGGAGUCGUUAGUAACUGCUUCGGGAAAGUGUUCGCCGUGGGCCGGUAUCAAGUCACGGUGGAAGAACUCAUCGCAGAAGGUGGGUUCUCUGUGGUGUUCCUGGCCCGGACACACAGUAACAUGCGCUGCGCUCUCAAGAGGAUGUACGUCAACAACGUCCCUGACCUCAACAUCUACAAGAGAGAGAUCACUAUUAUGAAGGAGCUGUCUGGUCAUAGGAACAUAGUGAACUACCUGGACUCUACCAUCAACUCAGUAGGGGACAGUGUGUGGGAGGUGCUCAUUCUCAUGGAGUACUGUAAAGCUGGUCAGGUAGUGAAGCAGAUGAACCAGCGUCUCCAUAUAGGGUUUACGGAGCUGGAGGUGUUGUCCAUCUUCACUGAUACCUGUGAGGCUGUGGCCAGGCUGCAUCAGUGUAGAACCCCUGUCAUACACAGGGACCUGAAGGUAGAGAACAUCCUCCUGAGUGAUAAUGGGAGUUAUGUUCUGUGUGAUUUUGGAAGUGCUUCUCUCAAAGUGCUGCUUCCACAUAAAGACGGAGUGACCGCUGUGGAGGACGAAAUCAGGAAGUACACGACCCUGUCUUAUCGAGCUCCAGAGAUGAUCAACGUGUACGCAGGGAAGGCCAUUACCACCAAGGCUGAUAUAUGGGCUCUUGGUUGCUUGUUGUACAAGCUGUGUUUCUUCUCGCUCCCGUUCGGGGAGAGUCAAGUCGCCAUAUGUGAGGGAACCUUUGUCGUUCCCGACAAUUCCAAAUUCUCCUUCAAGUUGCACUGCUUAAUCAGAUAUAUGCUUGAGCCUGACCAUGAGAAGAGACCAGACAUCUAUCAAGUCUCCUACUUUGCCUUCAAGUUAGCUGGAAAGGAGUGUCCUGUGCCAAAUCUCUUUAGCUCCCCUCUCCCUACGUCACUCCCUGAGCCACUCACAGCCAGCGAGGUUGCUGCUAGGAAGAGCAUGACGAAAGCCAGAAUCACAGAGUCCGCGGGCCCGACGGCAACUUCCAUCGCUCCGAGACAGAGACCCAAGGCUGCCAACAGUAAUGUGAUACCCAUCCCUGUAGCCAACACAGCUGUCACUCCUAUAGCUGUGCCCGCCGCCGCCACGCCCACCGCCGCCACGCCCAUCACCCCUACAGCUGUGCCUUCUGUAGCCGUCAGCAAUGGGCAGAAAGCUCCAACACCUGGUAACAGCCAGCCGGUUGCUCCACAGCCCCAGACAGCCAACAGGGUCCUCCAACAGCUGCAGCCUGGAGACCUGCGUCUGCAACAACAUCUCCAUCCUGUCCAUCCACAGCAGCUCCAAUACCUUCAGUACCAGCAGGCCCUUCAGCAGCAGAUGAUGAUACAGCCCAUGUAUCAGCAACAGGCCCAGGCACAGGCACAGGCCCAGGCACAGGCCCACUACGUAGCAAUGAUGCACCAGUACCACCAGGCCUUUGCACAGCAGCAGCAACAGCAACUACAACUCCAUCAACAACAACAACAACAACAACAACUACUACAACAACAACAGCUACAACAUCAACAGCAUUCCACCCAGCAGCCCACUGUGACCUCCCCGCUAGAGUUCCAGAGGCUAGAGGCUAGAGGCUCUUUUAACCCGGCUGGAUCUGGGGUCAGCCCUGGGGUCGUGGCAAUCGGGGCUGGUGCUGGAAAUGUGACACCUUCCCCUGUUGAGACUCUAUACACCAGUAGAAACCCUCUGGUGGACCUAAAGGUGACCACCCCUCCCCCGGACCCAACCCCAGAGCCUGGUCACCCCCAGAGCCACCCUCCUGACAUGUCCCGCUGGAACCCCUUCGGAGAGGACAACUUCUCCAAACUGACGGAGGAGGAACUUCUGGACCGCGAGUUCGACCUCCUCAGAGCAAGCAAGUGCCCCGUCUUUUACCUUCCCCCAGCAAGUGCCCCAUCUUUUACAGUCCCCCAGCAAGUGCCCUGUCUUUUACAGUCCCCCAGCAAGUGCCCCAUCUUUUACAGUCCCCCAGCAAGUGCCCCAUCUUUUACCUUCCCCCAGCAAGUGCCCCGCUUUUACCGUCCCCCAGCAAGUAAACCCGUGGAGAGAACCACUCAGCAUGGAGGCAGACCGACCGCUGCAGCCAAUCACCUCCGCCGCAACCGCCAAGCCCCUCCUCCCCUGAAUACCUGUUUGGCCCGCCCCUUCCUGGCUAGCGCAGGUCUGAUAGCAGCAGGCGUGGAGUCUCCACUUCUAGGUCUGAUAGCAGCAGGCCUGGAGUCUCCACUUCUAGGUCUGAUAGCAGCAGGCCUGGAGUCUCCACUUCUAGGUCUGAUAGCAGCAGGCCUGGAGUCUCCACUUCUAGGUCUGAUAGCAGCAGGCCUGGAGUCUCCACUUCUAGGUCUGAUAGCAGCAGGCCUGGAGUCUCCACUUCUAGGUCUGAUAGCAGCAGGCCUAGAAUCUCCACUUCUAGGUCUGAUAGCAGCAGGUCUAGAAUCUCCACUUCUAGGUCUGACAGCAGCAGGCGUGGAGUCUCCACUUCUAGGUCUGAUAGCAGCAGGCCUGGAGUCUCCACUUCUAGGUCUGACAGCAGCAGGCUUCAGUUAUGCACACUUGCCUAUACAUUCGGGUGUGACUCAUUUGCGUCACGCAGCGCGACACAAUCUCCUUCUCGUAGAGUUGAUUAGGCUGAUGGUUGUGGGCUGUGGAAUGUUGACCCACUCCUCUUCAAUGGCUGUGCGAAUUUGCUGGAUAUUGGCGGGAACUGGAUCAUGCUGUCGUACACGUCGACCCAAACCUGCUCAAUGGGUGUCUGAGUAUGCAGGCCAUGGAAGAAUUGGGACAUUUUUAGCUUCUCGUCGCGGUUCUAGUUUGAUGACAGAUCAGCCGAUUGAAGAGCUCAGUAUCCCAGCCGCUGCUCCUGUCCCUGUGGGCCAGCCAGCCCUUGAGGAACAGCUACAGCAACCUCCUGCCAAGGAGCACAAACCAAGCAGGAGGAGAAACCCCUCUGACAGCGGCUCACAGACGACCCGCAAACCACCGGGCGGCGAAUCUGACAGCGACUUCGAGUCGGACCCUCCUUCCCCUAAGAGCAGCGAGGAGGAAGACGAGCCGGAGGAGGACGAAGGGCUGAACAGCGAGCAAGAGCAUGGAGAAUUCUUCAACGAACUGGAAAAUGUGGAGGAAAUGGAGACGCUGGGCCAGAGGCCUCUGUUAAUGGACUCGGAGGACGAGGAGGAUUACGACAAACACAGCUCCGACUCGGACUACGAGCCCAGGAAAGCUAAGGGAGGACGCUCAAAGAGGCUCCCAGGAGGUACAGGAGGGCCAGUGGCUGCUGCAGCUACUGUCUCCCACGAGGGAGGUCAGAGCGGGGAGUCGGAGGCCACGCUGGUCAAGAUCACACCUUCUGAGUCGCCCGGUGUGGCUGCUGUUAGAGCUCCCCUAGUGGUGGUGGAAUCAAGGACAUAUUUGGUGCCGAUAAAGAGCAGACAUCUUCUCCGCGGCUCCUUCGGGCAGGUGAGCCAGGAGGCCGUGGUCAGCCAAGCCACGGAGGAGUUUGAUGUCUUUACAAAAGCUCCGUUCAGCGGAACCUCUCGAAAUCUGCCGGCCCCACGGCCCCCCACCAACCACCUCCAGGAGCGCCGAGGACAUCUUUCAUCCAGCCUUCGACGUUUGACCAGUCCCCAGCAGCAGAGGCUAAAGCAGCGCAGCCUCAAAAGCUGUCUUCGCGGCAGAGGAAGCUCUCUGGCAGCACCGACGGGCGGCCCGGCAACGGCAAGCGCCACCACGGUACGCCCUACCGGCGGCCGCAAGAGCAACAAGCCCAGCUUCCGAACCCCCGAGCGCGUCCGCCGGCACAAGAGGGUCGGCAGGAGGGACUCCCAGAGCUCAACGGUUCCUCAGCACCUCAGACUCAAGGGAGAACAUCCCAGCGUCGGCAGCUGGGCGGUGCCCUUCACAGAACUGGUGGUUGGACAGCAGCAGCAGCCAUCUCAGCUCGUGGAGUUGGAUCCUUUUGGAGCUGCUCCUUUCCCCACCAAACAGUGAAUGUCUCACUCGUCUUCCCGCCACUCGUGCUCGUCUUUCU